AUGUCUCCUGCCCGGACCGCCGCCUUCCGAACUGGGAAGACUGGUGACAGUGGCCAAUUACGUGUAGGCGGUGGCGUCGAGGGAGAUGGAGGUCCGUCUGCGGGCGCCUCGCACAUCAGCGCGUUGAGAGCAUCCCUCGGUGUUUGCCUGAAUCUUCCAAAUUCCACAGAAGACCAGAAAGUAAAGCUAACGUGCACAAUCAACGAUGCCCAGGGUUUUACCGGCAAGGUGUUAAUAAUCCAGUCAGCCGGAAAGAGCUCUCAAGCUAUUGGCUAUUUUGCUCAGAUGACGUCGAAUUGCUCUGACGUCAUGCACGGGACCACAGGUCGCUGUGGAGCAGGAACCAAUAGCAUCGACUCGCGUUCAAAGAAAUACAAGGUCUUCACAACACUUGCAAGAGGUCCCGUUGAUUACUACUGUCAAGCGUUCUCUGGUGACGUCAUCUACUUCAGCAAUGCUAUAAAGUACCCAUCGUCAAAUUACUUUCUCAAGAAGUAUCGAGAAUACAGAAGCUCCACAUCUGGUCAAGCUGCAAGCAAGAAAAAAAAAUGGCACCUCUACGACUUUUUAACGUUUUUAAUACCAUCUUGCUCCACAGGACCAACCAGUGGCAAUCUUCAAGAAAACGAAGACGACACCGCAACAUCGGGUGACGAAGAACAGUCUCAGAACAGCCCACUCUCUAUGCAAUCAAAAGAUAAUUCUCUAGCAGGACAGUUCAAGAAGCCACAAAGGCGUCUUAAGAGAAAUGCUCAAAGUGCUGGUAUGUCUGCAAUCGAUAUGGAAGUCCUGAAGGCCCUUAAGGAACCAGAGCCACAGCAACAAAUCGACGACAAUGUAAUGUUUUUCAAAAGUCUUUUGCCCUCUCUCAAACACCUAGAUGAAGUGCAAACCAUGGAAUUUCGUAUGGAAGUACAACGGCUCGUACUGACAUACUUAAGAUCAGCACGUUCAAACACAACUGCUGUUGAAACCUCCGCAGUGGGUGUCGUAAGUCCUCCGCAAGCAACUGGUUCUACUACCAUUUACCAUUUACCAGCGCACCGAAGACGCCCGCAAUUAUUACCAUGAGGACCCAUACUACUGUCAGAAUACAUAUACACACUAAUUUUGACAUUUGACACCACUUUUGUUUACAUAUUUCACCAAAAAAGGACAUAAUAAUGUCACAAUGAUAAUGUUUAUUUCAGUCAUUUGUUUCUGUAUUCCAGUCAUUUGUUUUUGUAUUUCAGUCAUUUGUUUUUGUAUUUCAGUUGAAAGUACAGAAGAAGAACCAGGAUUUUAUGAGAAACUUUUGACCAACUUUGUGAACAGACCACAGGUUUAUUAAAAAGGAUAUUAAUGCA